CUAAAAUAAACGUCACGUGUAGUGAUUUGCACCGGGUGCUGCUAUUUUUCUCUCAAAUAUUUCAAAAAUGGAAAGUGAUACAAGUGAAAAUUACGAAGAUUUCUACACAGAAGAAGAUGCACAAAAGCACGAAAAAUUAGUAGACAAAGUUCUUCGUUUGAAUAAGACUCAACACAUUAGAAAACCAUCUCGUACAGAGCCCACGUUGCAAAUAUCUGAAUUCAACUUAGUUAAGUCCAGUGGCGGUGAUAAAGGUUCUGUUGAGAUAAACGACCUGACCAAGUCUUUGCGAAACCGGAAAAGUCGACUCCGAAUAAGCGAAAAUGUUAAAAGAGCCCAUAAGGCUUCACACACCCUUCCCAAGCCCUUGGAAAAACCCCAGGCAAACAAAAUUCGCAGAACGGUGGCUUAUGAGAAAACACGGUUAGAGUUGGAUAGAUGGGAAGCGACUGUGACUGCAAACCGAGUUUCUACUAAUUUAUCGUUCCCUUUGAACGAUGACGUCAAGAUGGACCAGAAAGAGUCUGAAAAUUUUGCAAGUAUGUGGCGGGUGAAGUCGAAACUGGCAGAGGAAUUGGAAAAACAUGAGCCUACAGUUGAGGAGUAUCAUAUUAGUUUAGAACAAGAGGAGUUUCCUUUAACAAUGAAAGAAAUGUUGGCUAGGCGAAAGGAAGCGGCGAAGUUGAGGGCGUAUCAGGGGUAUAAGGAGGCUAAGGCUCGGAGACAGAAUAAAAUUAAGAGUAAGAAGUAUCACAGGAUACAGAAGCGGGAGAAAAUCAAAAAGAAAUUAAAGGAGUUUGAGCAGCUGCAGAAAACUAAUCCAGAAGAGGCACUCAAAAAAUUAGAAGAAAUUGAGAAAUCGAGAAUCGAGGAGAGGUUUAGUUUAAGACAUAAAAGUACGGGGAAGUGGGCAAGAAAUCAACAGAUUAGAGCUAAAUAUGACAAAGAGAGUCGACAAAAUCUGGCCCAACAGUUGACACUAAGCCGAGACCUGACCCAGAAGUCAAAAACCAAUGGAAGUUCGUCAGAAGAAGAAGAUGAAGACGUUGAAAAAGCCCCAAUGGGGAUUGAUGAAACUAAUCCAUGGGUAAAUGGUGUCAAACCUGGAAAAGAAGUUGCCGAUUUUAUUAGCGGAUAUCGAAAAUACUGGCUGGAACAAAAUAAGACAGCGCAAAAAUCGGAUGCAGAAAAAACUGAAGAUGUGUUAGAAAAUUCCGAAAAUGUAGACUCAAAUUUAAUUAAACUUGACCAACCAGAAUCCAACAAAAAUGUUUUAUUGAAGAAGAAAAAGCAAAAAGUUGUAACUUCGGAUUUAAGCUUUGACGUUGAAGAAACUGUUGAAAAACUAGAAAAGGACAAAAAAGUUCCACAAAAAAAGAAAAAACAAAAAAGGAAUGAACAGAUGAACAACUCAAAAUCAACAUCAGAAUGGGAAGUGAGCCUUGUAGAAAAUGGUGAAGCAGUUGAAGAUAUGUUCAAGAGAGCAGAAAAUAAAUUAAAGAAGAAAAUGUUAAGGAACGUAAAACAGUUAAAAAAGAAGUUGGUUCCAAAAACAUUGGCGAAACUACAACGUGAGGUCGCAAAAGAUAAAGUAAAGGUGGAUUUGUCUUUACCCAUACAGAAAAAAACUCCCCAAAUUGAUGAAGCACUAAUUGAAAAUAUAGAUGCAGAAAUCAGAAGCAAUGAAGAGUUAUCAAAUUUGAAAACUAUUUUGUCCUCACAAACCAAACAGAAACCCUGUGAUAUUGAUCCUGAAAAAUAUUUGAAAAUUAACCCAACUAAUUUAGCAACCGCCAUACCUAAUAUAGUGACAAAUGAAGAAGUAGAUGACCAACGAGCGGUAAUUUCUGAAGCUUUUGAAGACGACGAUAUUGUUGACGAAUUCAAUAAAGAUAAAAGUAAUGAGGCUGAUAAAGAUAAACCUAAAAAUAUUAAUCUUACACUGCCUGGAUGGGGUUCAUGGGGAGGAACCGGCGUUAAAGUAAAUAAACGAAAGAAGCGACGUUUCACGUUAAAGGCGCCUAAGAAAAUCCCGAGAAAAGACGAUAAUAAAGGAUUUUUGAUCAUAAAUGAAAGUGCACAAAACAAAGUUAAAGAACACAUGGUUUCAGAGGUUCCUUUUCCUUUCAAAACUGUCAAGGAUUUUGAGGCUAGCGUAAGGGCACCAAUAAGCAAUACUUUCAUGCCAGAAACAGCGUACAAAAAACUAAUAAAACCGGCCGUUACUACAAAAAUGGGAACGAUAAUUGAACCAAUGAGCAAAGAUUUGCUUUUAAAUAAAAACAGUUGAUUUUAAA